AUGGGGAACUCAAGUAGCUCACAGAAGAUCUCUGCCCAGGAUCGAGCAAUCCUCGAUCUGAAAAAUCAGCGCGACAAACUGCACCAGUAUCAGCGACGAAUAACUGUCCUUACAGACCGCGAGACGGAAAUCGCCAAAGAAUGUCUCGCGCGCGAUGAUCGGCGGCGAGCACUGCUGGCGCUCCGACGCAAGAAAUAUCAGGAGUCACUUCUCGCCAAGACAGAUGGACAGCUCGCCCAGCUGGAGCAAUUAACUGGCCAGGUGGAGUUUGCGCUGGUGCAGAAGGAUGUACUGUUUGGAUUGCAACAGGGGACACAGGUGCUGCAGACCAUUAAUAAGGAGAUGGGGGGUAUUGAGGGGGUUGAGAGGCUGAUGGGGGAGACCGAGGAGGCGAGGGCUUAUCAGGAGGAGGUGAGUCAGAUGCUGGCAGGUCAUCUGACGAAUCAAGAUGAGGACGAGGUCGAGGAUGAGCUAGAAGCGCUUCGGCGGGAAGUUGCUGGCCCUGAAGUCCUGCCUGAUCCUGUCAUACUGCCGAGUCCGCCUACCGCUGAUCUGCCUAUUGAAGAGCCGGUGGCGGAAUCGACUCCAAGAGUCAAGGCCAAGGCAGAGACUCGGACGGCUUUGCCUGCUUGA